AUGAGUUCUCCGCUCAAACACGACCAUCAUGUCGGGGAGGACAGGCACGUCGCCCGGGACGACAUCUCGACGGAGGAGGUCGGCGUCGUCAAGCAACAGGAGACGUACGCCUAUGACGAGUCGCGCAAGAUUGGUGUCACGGGCGCCGUCUUCCUGAUUCUCAACAAGAUGAUCGGGACCGGAAUCUUCUCCACGCCCUCCGGCAUCUUCCAGUCCACCGGCUCCGUGGGCGUCGCGCUCAUGCUGUGGGUCAUCGGUGGCAUCCUCACCUUCUGCGGUCUCAGCGUCUUCCUCGAGUUCGGCCUCGCGAUCCCCCGGUCCGGCGGCGAGAAGAACUACCUCGAGCGCGCCUACAAGCACCCGAAGUACCUCGCCACCUGCGUCCUGGCCGCGCAGAUGAUCCUCCUCGGCUUCUCGUCCGGCAACUCGCUCGCCUUCGGCCGCUACGUCCUCUUCGCGUCCGGCUCCACCUCCCCGGACGGCUGGGCCGCCCGCGGCAUCGGCAUCGCCGGCGCCACCUUCGCCGUCGGCAUCCACGCCGUCACCCCCAAGUGGGGAAUCCGCCUGUUCAACGUGCUCGGCGUCUUCAAGGUCAUCGUCCUGCUCUUCAUCGUCUUCUCCGGCUUCGCCGCCCUCGCCGGUCGCCGUCUCGUCCCGGACCCCCACAACUUCGACAACGCGUUCCGCAUCGAGGAGGGCGAGGGGUACGGCAACGGCGGCGUCUACGGCUACGCCACCGCCCUGCUCCGCAUCAUCUACAGUUACAAGGGAUGGGAGAACGCCAACUACGUCGUCGGCGAGCUCAAGAACCCGCGCAAGACGUUGGCCGUUGCUGCCCCUAUCGCCAUUGGAGGCGUCACCAUUCUCUACGUUCUCGCCAACGUCGCCUACUUCGCCGCCAUUCCCAAGACCGAGCUCGCCACCUCCGAGGUCAUCGUCGCCGGCGUUUUCUUCCGCAACGUCUUCGGCAACAGCGCCGGCGCGAGAGCCCUGCCGGCCUUCGUCGCCAUCAGCAACUUGGGCAACGUGCUCGCCGUCAGUUUCGCCCACGCUCGUCUGAACCAGGAGCUGGCCAAGGAGGGUCUGCUGCCCUUCAGCCGAUUCUGGGCCUCCAACAAGCCUUUCAACGCCCCUGCGGCUUCGCUUUUCCUCCACUGGAUUGUGACCGUCAUUGUCCUGGUUGGACCGCCGCCCGGCCCGGCUUACAACUUCAUCACUGAUCUCUAUGUGUACCCCGGUGCCUGGAUCAACGCUUUCGUCGGAAUCGGUCUUCUCUAUCUGCAAUGGAACAAGAAGGAGAACUGGACCUCGCCUUGGCACACUUACUUCCCCAUCACGGUCCUCUACGUUCUCGUCAACGUCUUCCUGGCCCUCGUCCCUUUCAUCCCUCCCACCGGCUCUUGGACUGCCGACGGCUACCCGUACUACGUCUUCCCCAUCGUUGGUGUCGGUGUGCUCAUUCUGGGCGGCAUCUACUGGACCUUCUGGACAAAAGUCUUCCCUGCCAUCGGUGGGUACAAGAUCGUGGCCGAGAGAACGUAUGACGAGCAGGGCAACGAGGUCAUCCGGUACCGCAAGAUCAACACCAAGCACGGUCACUCGGGACCCAUCGACUGA